AUGGCAUCCGCAUCUGCGUCCCUCCUUCAGAAGGCCUUCCUCGCCGGAUCCCCCCUGAAACUCUCCGCGACUUCCGGCACCGCUCUCGCAGCCACCAAUGUCUCCCUCGCAGCGCCAUUCCGCAAGACCACAGCCGUCCGGGCCAUGUCCGGAAGCCACGUCGGCGAGAUCGCGAGCGUCAAGGCCCGUCAGAUCAUCGACAGCCGCGGGAAUCCGACGGUGGAGGUUGAUCUGACGACGUCCAAGUCCAGCACCGUGUACCGCGCCGCCGUCCCUAGCGGCGCGUCGACGGGGAUCUACGAGGCACUGGAGCUGCGCGAUGGAGAUAAGAGCAAGUUCGGCGGGAAGGGCGUGCUCAAGGCCGUUGCGAACAUCAACAACAUCAUUGCUCCCUCGCUGAUCGGCCUCGACCCGAGGGAUCAGCGCGCCAUCGACGCGCUGAUGCUCGAGCUCGACGGCACGCCCAACAAGUCGUCGCUCGGCGCCAACGCCAUUCUCGGCGUCUCCCUCGCCGUCGCGCACGCCGGCGCUGCUGGCAACGCGGUCCCGCUCUACAGGCAUCUCGCCUCCCUGGCAGGAGUGGAGACGCUGAUCAUGCCCGUGCCCGCCAUGAACGUCAUCAACGGCGGCAGCCACGCGGGCAACAAGCUGGCGAUGCAGGAGUUCAUGAUCCUCCCCACUGGCGCCUCGUCCUUCUCCGAGGCGAUCCAGAUGGGAUGCGAAGUGUACCAGGUGCUGAAGGGCAUCAUCAAGAAGCGGUACGGGCAGGACGCGUGCAACGUGGGCGACGAGGGCGGGUUUGCGCCCAACAUUCAGGACAACAAGGAGGGGCUGAUUCUGCUGGUGGACGCGAUUGACAAGGCGGGAUACACUGGCAAGGUGAAACUGGGCAUGGACGUGGCAGCAUCUGAGUUCUACACCCCAGACCACAAGUACGAUCUGAACUUCAAGCAGAAGCCCAACGACGGCAAGGACGUUAUCUCAGGACAGGCCCUGGCAGAGCUGUAUGAGAGCUUCGUUAAGGAGUUCCCCAUCGUCUCGAUAGAAGACCCCUUCGAGCAGGACGACUGGGUGAACUGGGCGGCGCUUAAAGCCCUGCUGGAUGUGCAGAUUGUGGGGGACGAUCUGACGGUCACCAACCCCAAGAGGAUUGCCGAUGCCGUUCAGAACAACGCGUGCAACGCGCUGCUGCUCAAGGUGAAUCAGAUCGGCAGUGUGUCGGAGAGCAUCACAGCAGCGCAGGACGCCAAGGCAGCGGGGUGGGGGGUGAUGGUAUCCCACCGCAGUGGCGAGACGGAGGACACCUUUAUCGCUGACCUCUCUGUGGGGCUGGCCGCUGGGCAGAUCAAGACAGGGGCUCCCUGCCGUAGCGAACGCCUGUCCAAGUACAACCAGUUGCUCCGCAUAGAGGAGGAGCUUGGAUCCAAUGCCAUCUAUGCUGGCGAGAAGUUCAGAAGCCCGUGA